AUGCCUGCACUAUCCCUUCUACAUUUGGCCCGAAAUGCCUGUAUCCGAAAUAUUCGUCUGAUCUACGAUGUCGGUGACGCUACCUAUUCGACCGUGAGAUCACUCCUCCGCCGUGUUGACAAUCCAGAGCAACUUCAUCAAAUAGAAUUGAACUCCCCUCAGAUUUGCGGGCACGACGCCGAGAUAUGGAAGAUGCUGAUGGACCGAGACAUUCCAAACUGGCAGAUCAAGCAACAACAGCCUGACGAUUCAGAAGGAUGGUUUGAGCUGUACAGCAGACUGUACGAUCAAAGCCGUAAAGAUAUUGAGAAAGAAGCGGAGGCGAUGAAAACUACACUAGCCAACCUCAAGGCGAAACAGGCGCAGAAUACUUCAAGAAAGGUUGAAUUGAUUGGUGUAAAACUCCCCAAUGGUCUCAAACGCGAAGGGGAUGUUAUCAAAAUGCCGCGUAGCUCGAAGGUCUUCGCGAAGGAACCGACGAAAAAGCCAAAAUCGGCGCCCGCGGUAGCCAAGGGGUGGGAAGCUGGCGUAUAUGAGUCAGGAGAGGGUCUCCUCCCAGAGCCUCCAAAAAGGAGAAGACUACCUGCUGCCACUACUCAGUCGGCUCCCAAGAGUAAAUUGACGCCAUUCAAGAAAGAGGUCAUGGCAAGGAAGCUGUUUCCCUCGAAAGAGAAAUCUGGAAAUUUCUCGACGGCUUACCCGAAGCCUAGUCACUCAAAGGUCCAAGCAGCCCCCAACUCGAUGCUUCAUGAUUACCAACAGAAAGCUGCUGCACGGCCUGUUCCUCCAUCAGCUUUGCCGACUGAGGUGGUGCAGCCAAAGAAACGCCGCAGGGACGAUACGGGCCUACUCGACACGACUGACGAAUUAGACAUACGGGAGAAGCGACUCAAAGCCUUGCAAACGUCUUCAAAUCAUCUCCAGUAUACCAAGGAAGAUUCGCCGGCAUCAAAAAGUUCCACGCCAGAAGGCAAUCAAUCCUCGGGGCCGUUGCCGAAUAUUGGACCAAGACCUCCCACACCUGUAGGACGAUCAACUGUGGAAGUACUGUUUGAAUGA